AGUACCUUUAGGGAAUUAAUGAGUGUGAUUGAUGCUAUUAUAGGGGAAGGGAAAUAGCUACUGUGCAAGAAGAACAGGAAGUUGUUCGAGAUUGUAAAUAUGAAACGUUUGAUCUCCUGAACAUAGAAUCUAACAAUAAAGCAGCAUGCAUUACAUUUUGAGAGGAAUUUAGCAGAGGUCGGAAAUCUUCUGUGCCUAUAUGCUUAAAAUAAAGCCAAGAUCAAAUCAAGAUCAGAGCUGAAUAGUCUCUCGAUUCGAUUGUAUAUAUCUCAAGCCAAGAAGCGUGUGAAAAUGGCUAAUCUUAUCAAUAGUUUCUAUGGAAUUUCAUUAGGCUAUUUUAAGAUUAUAUGAUGUCUUCCUACACCCCCUAUCAAUAUCGUUAAUUUUAGAUGAUUUGAUCGGGCAUUGUAUAAACUUCUCCCAAAUAUAACACGAGAUUUGCACAUUAUGAAUUUCAAAAUUACCCAAAAUCAGAUGAUCAGAAUCUUUUGAUAUGUUGAACACCUCGAACUACUCACUCUGAGUUCCUGCCAUCUUGAGCCGAUCACUCAUAAAUUCCCACUAAAGAAAGAGCAAAAGAUUGGGCAAUUAAGUCUAAUGAAAAGCAUGAGCUUCACACGCGAAAUUCUUAGUAUCUUUGGGCCUGAACUAACAUCAAUAUUACAUAUAAUCUCAGAGUCAAGCCUAUCAGAGUCUAUUAAUAUGAUACAAAUAAGCAAAUGCUCGGAGGUUCUCGAAUCAGACACAAGUCAGGAUCCAGAUGGAGUCAUACUUAAGACAUAUGAAUCCCAACUUCAAGAACAGUUUAAUCUGCCUUCUAUAAGACUGACUUAGGAGAAGGAACUGAGAUCAUUUUGGAAACCUGAUAAAUAAAAUGAGUUCUUUCAAUU